UCUUCCAACUUUUUGACCCCUGUCCUAUCCUGUCCUAUAAGUGGUAUCGUCUUUUCUUGUUGGCAUCUGGGACAUCAAGGAGAGGCAAAACAUGGCAGGUCAGAAAGUGUGCCUAAUUGUUAUUGAUGGUUGGGGAAUGUCUGAUGUCACAGAAGGCAAUGCCAUUCAUCAUGGUAAGACACCAGUUAUGAAUGGGCUGUGCCAGGGUGAUGGGUAUACAACUUUGGAUGCCUCUGGCCUUUCUGUUGGCCUGCCUGCAGGACUAAUGGGUAACAGUGAAGUUGGUCACUUGAAUAUUGGAGCAGGAAGAGUUGUUUAUCAGGAUAUUGUGAGAAUAAAUAUGACAUCAGAGAACAAAGAAUUUCAAAAGAAUGAGUUCUUUGCAAAAGCAUGUGCUGGUGCUAAGGCAGGAAAUGGUCGAUUGCAUUUUCUGGGACUGGUAAGCGACGGUGGAGUGCACUCCCACAUCAAUCAUUUAUUUUCAAUGAUUGAAGCAGCAAAGGUUCUUGGCGUGCCAAAAUGCUUUAUCCAGUUUUUCUCUGAUGGCAGAGAUACAAGACCCAGUAGUGGAGUUGAAUUUGUGCAACAAGUUAUUGACAAGCUAAAAGAGUUACAAUAUGGUUCUUUGGCCAGUGUCACUGGAAGAUAUUAUGCUAUGGAUAGGGACAAGAGGUUUGAAAGAAAUAAGAUUGCAUUUGAGGGACUGGUGCAAGGGGCAGGAGAAGAGACGACUCUUGAUAAUCUUAUCAAGACAAUUGAAGCAAGAUAUGCUAACAAAGAAACAGAUGAAUUUCUGAAACCCAUUAGAGUUGAUAAAGAAGGAACCAUUAAAGAUGGCGAUACAAUGGUGUUCAUCGACUUCAGAGCAGACAGAAUGCGGCAAAUUGUGGAAGCAUUUGGCGUGCAGAGGCAUUUCGAGACUGAUGUCGUCCCAAAGGAUUUGAAAAUAUUUUGUAUGACCCAAUACAAAGCUGAGUUUCCGUUUGAUGUCCUUUUCCCACCUGUCACGCCAAAGAACGUUUUAGCAGAGUGGCUCGCAGAGAAGAAAACUCCACAGUUUCACACUGCAGAAACCGAGAAAUAUGCCCAUGUUACCUUCUUCUUCAAUGGGGGUGUUGAAAAGCAGUUUGAGCUUGAAGACAGAAAAUUAAUCCCAUCGCCUAAAGUACCAACAUAUGACCUCCAGCCAGAAAUGAGCUGCCUCAGCGUCGCCGAUGAGAUGGCAAAGACAAUUGCUACCCAGAAAUACCCGUUCGUUAUGUUGAAUUUCGCUCCUCCUGAUAUGGUUGGACAUACAGGCGUAUACGAGGCAGCCGUAAAGGCAUGCGAGGCUACAGACGAGGCUAUUGGUCGAGUAAAGAAGGCUUGUGAUGAGCAUGGCUAUGUUAUGAUGGUGACCGCUGACCAUGGUAAUGCUGAACAAAUGAUAAGUGAGAAAGGUGGGCCACACACAGCACACACCACUUAUAGAGUUCCAUUUUGCAUCACAAAAGGACUGAAGUUCCGCAAGAUAACCCACAAUGCUGCUCUUUGUGACGUUGCACCCACUAUCCUUGAUGUAAUGAAAAUAGAAAAGCCUGCAGAAAUGACUGGCCAAUCCUUGCUAUGAGGUAUGCCCUGCUUGGAACUCUUAGACAGUGUGAUUUUUUAAUUUAUUCUCUCAGUCUUAGUGUAAAAAAGAGAUAAUCACAUUUUCAUCCUUAAAAAUGAACACAUCUCAUGAUUGUAAUCAAAGUGGAUCUUAUUUAUCAAGUUGACCUUACUUAUUUAUCAAUAAUUCUACAAAAUGCCUUUAUUCUAGAGCUUAAAAAUA